AUGCCCAAGGUACCCGCUGCCAGCGCCUGGGCAGGAGCUCCUCCGGUCGCAGAAGACGGCUUCGCAUUCGCCGAAGGUGUAUUUUUCGCCCAAGCUUCAGGCCAAAACCGUCAUCGACGCGCUACAGCUACCGAGCUCAAGGAACACUUCACCUCGGGCAACGACAAGGACCACCCCGCGCACUGGUUCGAAGCCCAACUCAUCCACUAUGGCCUUCAGCCCUCAAAGACAAAGUCGGUCGCGCGCAUGCGGCUCUUCGAUGCUGUUAAUGCGGGUGACCUAAAGGUACCUGCUAAUGUUAGCAAGCUUGAGACAAAGCUCAAGAAAGAAUGGACGAAGAACGAUCGAGAGGCCAAAAAGGGCGCGACAAGCAGCAAACCUGCCCCAAAGACACCAGUCGCGAAAACGGAAACGAAGAGCACGGCUGGAACAAAACGAAAGGCAAGCGACAACGACAAUACCGCCGCCGUAAAGAAAGCAAAGACAACAGCGCCUAAAGCAUCAGCGCCCAAGACCGCUACACCAAAAGCAAAGGCUCCACCGAAAACGACAGCAAAAGCGACCGCAAAGACCACUACCACUACCAUGACAAAGACUACGACUACGACAAAGACUACAACCACGACAAAGGCCACGACGAAAGCCCCAGCGAAACCAGCGACAGAAUCCACAACGCCAGCAAAGCCACGAACUAAGCAAACCGCCCACUGUAGCAGGGGAGGUACCUCUCGGGGACCCGGUCGCAAUGCGGCAGCAAAUGCAAGUGCCUCGGAACCAGCCAGACCGCCGCCGCAGAUGGCGCGACGAGGCGGCGCUUUCACGGCCCGGGGCCGUAUCCCCGUCCAACGGGACGACUUUGACCAAGCUCCACCCCCAUACUCGGAAUCUCGAGAAGAAGACCACUAUUCCGACGGAGACUCUCCGAGGUACGGCUACAAUUCUCACGAAAGUGACCAAGGCUCUCCGAGGUACGGCUAUGACUCUUACGAAAGCGACCAAGACGAUGAUGACAGCCUGGCACCUUUGGGUCUUCUCAACGGUGACUACGCAUUUGUCUCAAGCGACGUUACAGAGCAGUGGAGCCAUUAUGAUCUCGACGAUUUGGAGUUGACUCUCACGCUCGCGGGUAAUGAACUUUGGGGAAGAUUUAACCUCGGCGUGUACAGAGGCGUUCUGCGCUUCGACGAGCGCCCGAUGAGAUCAUCGCACGACAGACUCGAGUUCACAUGGCGGGGUCGUGAAGAUCAGGGACCUGUCAUUUAUGGCAACGACAAUACUGGGUGGAUGGAGUUUCUUGGCAACGGUCGUAUCAAUGGCUGUCUUGAUCAUCAAUCUCUUGCAUUCCGCGCCCGAAGAAUUGAAGGUCAAGGAACACGAAGUAGAAUUGAUGCUGGAUCUUUGCAAGAUGAAUGGAGUGAUUACACGUAUGACUUGUACGAAGAGGAGAAUCGGGCUCGAUGGUGA